AUGGCAAUGUUGUUGAGCGGUUCCAACGUCACGCUGACGCGCGUGUCGAGCGCGGUGCGGCGUGACGUCAGAACAUUGGCCAUGACGGGAGCGAGGUAUAAUUCGAGGAUUUGCAACGCCGACAAGAAAGACAAGGACAAAAUCUGCCUCACUUCAAGCGAUUGCAGCGCGGGGCCGAUACGUGUCCGUCCAAGCAGAAGUAGCCCGUGGCAAGACUACCAUUACCGUGCAAGACCAACAGUUGUACGCAGCGAGGCAAGAGAGUACACGACCGGCAACAUGGCAACCAACAACUCGGAACUGGAGCUCGGCAAGGUCUUCAACGUCAAGGGCAAGGUUGCGCUCGUGACGGGAGGUGGAUCUGGGAUUGGCUUGAUGAUUACGCAAACCCUAGCGGUGAACGGGGCAAGAGUGUACAUUGUCGGGCGCACCGAGGAGAAGCUGGACAAGGUUGUUGCAGUGCACGGCAAGGGAAUUCCUGGCCAAAUCAUAGCCAUGGUAGGCGAUGUAUCUACCAAGGACGGGGUGGACAGGCUGGUCGAGGAGAUGGAGUCCAAGGAGAAGUACCUGGAUAUUCUGGUCAACAAUGCUGGUAUUGCGCCGGACAAGGGAGAGACGAGCGUGGACAGUGCGGAGCAGCUGAAGAAGGAGUUUUACGACCGGACGACGGAGAAGGAGUGGCUGGAUGUGUACCAGACCAACGUCGUGGCCCCCUUCCUCAUGAGCAUGGCGUUUCUGCCGCUGGUGAACAAGUCGACCGAGGCGAACAAGGGCUACUCGGGCACGAUUGUCAACAUCAGCUCCCUCUCUGGCCACAUUCGGAUUUCACAGGGCCACUUUGCGUACAACUCGAGCAAAGGGGCCGCCAUUCAUCUGAACAGGAUGCUGGCCGCUGAGAUUGCAAAGUGCGGCGUCAAGGUCCGGGUCAACAGCAUCGCGCCAGGCGUCUUUCCCAGCGAGAUGACGACCAACGACAGCCGCGACGACAACCAAAAGUCGGAGAUGGCCAAGGAGCACAAGGAGGGACUUCCGGCGCAGCGUCCGGGCAAGGAUCAAGACAUGGCGGCGGCGAUACUCUUUGUCGUUGGCUGCCAGUACCUCAACGGACAGACGGUGACGGUGGACGGGGGGUAUGCGAUCCAGGUUGGCAACUAG